AUGCUGUCCGCCCGCGCCCCGCUCGCCGCCCGCCGCGACCAGCCCCAGGUGUCGCCCAAGAAGAGCCAGUCUCCUAUGAAGAGUCUGUCGCCCAUGAAAGGAUUGGCGCUGAGCAACAAGGAGAACACGCCCCCCACGCUCAGCAGCGCCCGUGUACUGGCCAGCAAGACGGCCCGCAAGAUCUUCCAGGAGGGCGACGGCAAUCCGGUGCCGCGGGGCGCGGAGGAGGAGGAGCCGCUGCUGCGGGAGAACCCCCGCCGCUUCGUCAUCUUCCCCAUCCAGUACCACGACAUCUGGCAGAUGUACAAGAAGGCCGAGGCCUCCUUCUGGACGGCCGAGGAGGUGGACCUUUCCAAAGACCUCCAGCACUGGGAGUCCCUGAAGCCUGAGGAGAAGUACUUCAUUUCUCAUGUCCUCGCCUUCUUUGCUGCCAGUGAUGGCAUUGUCAACGAGAACUUGGUGGAGCGGUUCAGUCAAGAAGUACAAAUCACAGAAGCUCGUUGUUUCUAUGGCUUCCAGAUUGCCAUGGAAAAUAUACAUUCAGAAAUGUACAGUCUUCUCAUUGACACCUACAUUAAGGAUUCAAAGGAGAGGGAAUUUCUUUUCAAUGCUAUUGAAACGUUGCCAUGUGUUAAAAAGAAGGCAGAUUGGGCCAUGUGCUGGAUUGGGGACAAGAAAGCAACAUAUGGAGAACGUGUAGUAGCCUUUGCAGCUGUGGAAGGAAUCUUCUUUUCUGGCUCUUUUGCAUCAAUUUUUUGGCUGAAGAAAAGAGGAUUAAUGCCUGGACUCACUUUUUCUAAUGAACUCAUCAGUAGAGAUGAGGGUUUGCACUGUGAUUUUGCCUGCCUCAUGUUCAAGCACUUGAUACACAAACCAUCAGAGGAGAGAGUAAAGGAAAUCAUCAUGAAUGCUGUUCUCAUAGAACAGGAAUUCUUGACGGAAGCACUGCCUGUGAAGCUGAUUGGCAUGAACUGCACUUUAAUGAAACAGUACAUCGAGUUUGUGGCAGACCGGCUUAUGCUGGAACUGGGAUUUAACAAGAUAUACAAAGCAGAGAAUCCUUUUGACUUCAUGGAAAACAUCUCUCUGGAAGGCAAGACAAAUUUCUUUGAGAAGCGAGUAGGUGAAUAUCAGAGGAUGGGAGUCAUGUCAAAUCCCACAGACAACUCUUUCACCCUGGAUGCGGAGUUCUAAGCGACCUGGAGCCAUGUGCAUUAAUGUGCAUCCUGCCCUGCCUACAGGGAAACACCCAGUGUGCUGAGCCACGCUGUGACUUGCUUGCUGUACUGCAAUCCCACUCUUGUAAAGUGUGGUGAUUACUGGUAUACUUCAGAAGGCUGGUGCAGCUCCAGCAGUAAAACCCCUUGUAAUUAGAUUUUACCGAUGGUAUUAAUGCAUAGGAUGCUCAGGUGUAUCUUACAGCACAUGCUAUUCCACUCCAUGAAAGAUACAGGUACUUCUUUCUGCAAGGUGGGAGGUUGUGGGCAUUGACCCUGGCUUCUGCUGUUCUCACCAUAAACAGAGGAGCAGUUAAAAAAUUCCAGUUGUAAAUUUGUUGAAUAGUCUAGAAAACUCUGGAGGCAACUACAUGAUGACCUCACUGCUUUUUUAGCAGGUUUUAAGUUUACCAUUUUAACUAUUUUAAUAGUUUGUACAUAAACCUGGCACUUUAAUGUUUAAAAUAAACAACUGUCUUGUAAUAUUCAGCAAUAGUAAAAUGCAUGUCAAAAUCUUUUGCAGCCUAACCCUUUUAUGACUUGUGCUUCUUUCUGGGUAUGUAAUUUAAAAAUGGUGCUGUGAAUUAAACUAUUCAUCUUGAAAUAUAUCAAAGAACAGGAAGAAACUUUGUAUGAAAGGUGAAGAACUAAAUGGGAUAUUCUGGGUAGUGAAAAAUAAGAUGUAGCUUACUGGUGGACUUGAUUGCUUUUUCUUUAAUACCUGGGAACAGUAUUUCAUGUAAUAAAGAGCUGGUUGGACUCA